AUGGGUAGCCGAAAAGAACAAGCUGAACCGUUAAAUCAACCGGAAGCUGGAGCUCAUGAUGAAGAAGGCGGUGAUAAAGGAUUGGAAAAAACAAUGACACUUUUUAAUGGUGUUUCAAUUAUUGUUGGAUGCAUUAUUGGAUCAGGAAUUUUCAUCAGUCCCACUGGAAUUCAAGCACGUGAGUAAAAAUUGAAGGAAAGCAGGGGAAAAAUGAAGAUAUCCAUCUUAAUAUUUGAAUAAACAUUGCGCAAUUAUGAAGAUUUAUGGGGUCACUUCACUUAUACAAAAUCGUUAUUAACAAUACUUGUCACUUAUUUUCGGUUUUAAUCGAUUUUAUAGGAAUACAGAAAUUGGAAAAAUACUGGAAUUGGGUGCUUUUUUGACUUUAUGAAUUAAUUUUUUCACGGCCUUUCUCAAAAAUAUUCAAAACCACGUAUCAGUCAAACCAUAUAUUCUGAAACAGAAUUUGACAAGAUUAUGCAUGUGUUCAGGCUAUAUGUUGUCAAAAAAACUCAAAUUUCAUGAAUUACAAAUAUUUUCAUAAUACUUUUUGUUCAGAAGCUGGAUCGGUUGGUUUGUCGUUGAUUGUUUGGGUGUUAUCUGGUGUUUUUGCUGCAAUUGGUGCAUAUUGUUAUGCUGAACUUGGAACACUUAUCAGAAAAUCUGGUGGUGAUUACGCAUAUAUUAUGGAAGCUUUCGGACCAUUCUGGGCGUUUAUUCGACUUUGGAUUGAAAGUAUUGUUGUUCGUCCGUGUACGGCCACAAUUGUUGCAUUGACAUUUGCUCUUUAUAUGUUGAAACCAGUUUUCCCGGAUUGUGAUCCACCACCGGGAAGUACCGAACUUCUCGCUGCUAUUCUUCUGAUCCUUCUGACCGCCAUCAAUUGUUGGUCUGUUAAAUUGGCAACUAAAGUUCAAGAUUUUUUCUUUGUUGCCAAAGUUUUGGCGUUGAUUUUGAUUAUUUGCACAGGAUUGUGGCACUUAUUAUCUGGUGAGCUUAAAUUUUUCAUUUUCAUAAACCAAGAUGAUUAAUUAAUUUUAUUGCAGGCCGCCCGCAAUAUUGGGACUCAUUCGAAAACAUUUUUGAAAACACCGCAAAGGAUUUCAAAACAGCUUCACUUGCCUUCUAUUCUGGACUUUUUGCCUACCAAGGUUGGAAUUAUCUUAACUUCAUCGUUGAAGAACUUCAAAACCCAAAACGUAAUCUCCCAUGGGCUAUUGCAAUUUCCUGUUCAUUAUGUACAGUUAUCUACACUUUGACCAAUAUUGCACUUUAUACAUCAAUUUCGCCAGAUGAGAUGUUGGCAAGUCCAGCUGUUGCAGUUGUGAGUUUUAGUUUUUUAUUGCUUUGUUUGGUGACGUGCUUUUUUGGAAAGAGAAAAAAAGAGGAAAAAGCAGGAAAGAGGGGUUUAAGUAGUCACAUGGAACAUGAUUGAUAUAAAAGUAUUUCCGGGGAAAAUUGAAAAUCUAGUUGCUGCAAAAAAAGAAGAGUAAAAAUAUGGAGCACGGCUUGAUAAUGAUGCAUUUGUAAAACUGGAAGACCUUCCAGAUUUACAAAUUUUUGAACGAAAAAAAGUUGAUCAAAAAAAUAACAUUUUUCUUUAGGCAGUAAUCAAUAAAUGCUCAACUAAUGAAUUUCAAUCAUUUUAAGCCUAAAAUCUUGAAAUUUGGCUUGAUAAUGAUGCAUUUGUAAAACUGGAAGACCUUCCAGAUUUACAAAUUUUUGAACGAAAAAAAAGUUGAUCAAAAAAAUAACAUUUUCUUUAGGCAGUAAUCAAUAAAUGCUCAACCAAUGAAUUUCAAUCAUUUUAAGCCUAAAAUCUUGAAAUUUGGCUUGAUAAUGAUGCAUUUGUAAAACUGGAAGACCUUCCAGAUUUACAAAUUUUUAAACAAAAAAAAAGUUGAUCAAAAAAAUAACAUUUUCUGCAGAGAGUAUUCAAUAAAUGCUCACUUAAUGAAUUUUAAUCAUUUUAAGCCUAAAAUCUUAGGUCACUUCUACCCUCAAUCAUCAUCAUCAUCAAAACAUGACUGCCUCCAAACCGAAAUUUUGGUUUGGAGGCAGUCAAAAAAAACUCACAUUAUUCGCUAGAUUUCAUAAAAAAACGUUGAUAAAAUAAGGGCGGCAUUUUGAACGUUUUCAAAAAUAUAAAAAAAACUAUUCAGCAAAACUAUUCAUGUAAAAUUUUUAAAUUCAAAUCUAGGGCACAAAAGUAGGUCAAGCGGACAGAUUGUUUUUCAUCCCAUUCAAAUUUUCAGCUCUUCGCGGAGAAAAACUAUGGAUAUUUUGCCAUUUGUAUGCCAUUCUUUGUUGCUUGCUCAACCAUCGGAUCAGCCAAUGGUGUUAUUCUCACCAGUUCUCGCCUAUUCUAUUGUGGUGCGAGAGAAGGACAAAUGCCAGAAGUUUUGACAAUGGUUAACAAACAAACCAAAACUCCAAUCCCAGCCGUUCUUCUUACCGUGAGUUGUUUCGCAGCCAAAAAAUUAACAAAAAAAAGUUUGGAUUUUCAGGGACUUCUUUCAUUGUUCUAUCUUUUGUUAUCAAACAAUAUUUAUUCAUUGAUCAACUAUAUUCAAGUCAGUUAUUGGUUGGCAAUUGGUGGAGCUAUUGCUGCAUUAUUUUAUUUCCGAAGAACUAUGCCAGAUGCUCCAAGAGCUGUUAAAGUCCCAUUAGUUUUCCCGAUUAUUUUCUUCAUUGGUUGUAUGGCUUUGGUAUUUGUUCCAGUUAUUGGAGCUCCAAAAGAUACAGCAAUCGGUCUUCUUAUUAUGCUUUCCGGUGUUCCAGUUUAUUUAUUAUUCAUUGCCUGGAAGGGAAAACCAAAGUUUAUUGCAUCAUUCACUAGUGAGUUUUCACAAUUAUUCGAUUUAAUCUAUUUUUUUUCCACAAAAUUUCAAACAUAUUUUUCAGAGAGCAUCACUUUGUUUACCCAAAAACUAUUUAUGGUAGUUGACGCCACCAAAGAAGAAUGA